AUGGUGAAAGGAAGUGAGAGCAGUGCAGUUCCUGAACCGGUUGUGGAUGCAGCCAACACCACUCUCUCCAACCUCCAACAACUCCGAACGCACUUUAACGACUUUUUGUCUCUCUCCGAUCCUCAAACCCUCUCCCAAAUGCCCCCUCUUCAACGCGCUCACACCCUCUUCAUCCUCACCAAAAUCACUUCUACCCUUCUCGCAUUGAAUUUGAGGUGUAGCGGGGUCCACCCAGAUGAUCAUCCCAUUAAAUCAGAGCUCGACAGGUUGAACUUGUACGAGGACAAACUGGGACGUUUGCUUGAUUUGAGUAAAGCUCCACUGCGACCUUCUACUACCUUGAAUUAUCAGGCGGCUACUCGCUUCAUAGAACACUCUCUGCCUGACCUAACUUCUGAGCAGAGGGAAAAUAUGAGGAACAUUAGUAGAGGGGAGAGAUCAAAGACGAACCAUCUGGGUCGGGCAGGUCAAAAGAGGAAGUAUCAGUCUUCUGAAAAACAAUCAGUUAAAGCAGCUGCUAAGGAUUUUUUGGAGAAAGCAGCCCGGGAGCUUCUUGGUGAUAACAGUGGCAGUGUUAAGGGGCCAUUGCAAGUCGAUAUGUUGGAUGAUGAUGACAAUGAUGAUGAUGAUGAACAGUCCAUUUGUCAUCAUCCCACUAUGCACUAUACUAUAGCAUUUUGGGAUCGUUCACUAUGUGCCACUGUUAUUUCGGGGUUGAUAUAUGACUGGAGAGGGAAUAUUUCUUUGGUUUUAUACACAGACUCCAACCUCUAG